AUGGCACGGUCCGACCCCCAUGGCACAGAGCAGCCAAUGCACAAAACAGCGCUGGUCUACGUAUGUUGCAACAUGAGAGCUGCCAUGUCCUUCGGUGCAGAGGUUGAUCGAGGGAAGGGCAGCCUGAAGACGCAGUUUUCACGAAACUUUCUCAGUGAAACAACACCCGUGUUCGACAACUCAGUCACAAUGAAGGUUAUCAUCCUCAGCGCCCUGGUUGCCGUGGCAAUGGCGGCAAAACUUGGCACCCUCAGCAACCUGGUAGAGGAACCCUCCACCACGACAGAGCCUCCCAAGCCCUACAGCUUCGGCUUCGAAGUGCGCGACGACAACACGACCAACUACCACAACCGCGCCGAGGCUGCAGGUGACGGCUGCGUCCGGGGAUCGUACAGUUACGUUCUUCCCGACGGCUUCGUGUACACCUACAAGUACCAGGACUGCGGUCAGGGAUACGAGAUCGUGGAACAGCGCAAGGAACCCUCAGGCAUCCAGGUCAUUAUCCCUGAACCUCAGCCCAAGAUCGCCAAACAACAGUCCUUGUUCACAGCUGCUUCCACAACACUCAAUGACCUUUCAUUAAAGUAUCAGGAACAAGAACUAAAUCUGGUCAAUAACUGUGUAUCUUCCAAGACAUGCACAAUACACGACACACGUAAUCUUACUGAGGUAAACUACAGCAAAGAUCUGGAGCAGGUGUUCUCUACACAAGGAACAUACCAAGUAAGCAACAACAGAUUUCAAAACAAACACUGA